AGUAAUUUUUUUGCGCUUCUUUACUACCCUCCACUCCACCCACCAAAAUAGCUGGAAGCCGCAUUGCCCUCCCUCUUCCCUCCACCACAUUUGUGUGGUUUUUAAACCCCGAAUAUAAGGAUAUUUUAAGCAUUAACUGAGGGAGGGAGUCAUAUGGGCUGGAGGAGUUUCCGUAAGGCUUUUAUUUUUUUUCCAUCGAAGGCAAAUCGAGUGUCAAAUUAUACCAUCUACUCCUUUUGAGCGGGCAUGGACAAAAGACUGAAUGUAAAAAGUGGAAAGUGGAAAUGAACAUACACUAGGUAACGAAAGACAUUUGUGGUGCUGUGGAGGACAGAUAAGCUCUGGUUUCUGCCCUGUCGGUGUUAUUUGGUCUCAGCAUUAUUAAUAGGAAACAUCAGUGUUUCACAAAUUCCUUUUUUUAUUAAUGGAUUAAUUUACUAUUGCCCAUUCCGUUGAAAACAGGUUUGUGCUGACACUUGAAACUUAUGUGAAACUAUUUCUCACCCAGACACUACAUACUGUUAAAGAGGCGUGAAGAAGAAAGUAUUGUUUACUAAUAUCUGUGCAACUUGCCUGAUUCCAGUACUCCUGGGGGAUAUUUUACAGAUUUUAAAGUGAAUAAAACAAUGCUCCAAGGCAAUUUGCUUAGUAGUCAGUUAAUUGCUUUACUGUUGACCCUUUAAACUGGGUCCUUAGUAUGUUCUUAUGAAUUGAAUUUUACCACUGUUUGUACAGAAGCCAAAUGACGUGUAUGUUCCCAAAUACAUACAUCCCUUUACUGGAGGAUCUACUGAGGAAGACCUAGAUAGACUAGUAUUGAAAUCUGAUUUUACUCUUAUGGACACUACUUUCCAAAUAUGUUCCUACAGAAAAUUUUAAUAAAGUGAAAGAGGGAUUUUCAUAUUUGGAGAACCUGGGAAGCUGGAUAUAUAGAAUAACUUCAUAUCAUUUCUAACUAUUUGGAAAAUGGGAGCUGCUACAAAGUUGGUGUUUGCUGUUUUUCUUAUCUCUUGUUCUUCAGGUGCCAUAUUAGGCAGAUCAGAGACACAGGAGUGCAUCUUCUACAAUGCUAAUUGGGAAACUGAUAAAACAAAUCGCAGUGGCAUUGAACUGUGUUACGGUGAUAAAGAUAAAAGACGACAUUGCUUUGCAACGUGGAAGAAUAUUUCUGGAACUGUUGAAAUUGUGAAAAAGGGUUGCUGGCUGGACGAUAUUAACUGUUACGACAGAACCGACUGUAUAGAAAAGAAGGACAGUCCUGAUGUGUUUUUCUGCUGCUGUGAAGGCAACAUGUGCAAUCAACAUUUUUUCUACUUUCCUGAAAUGGAGGUCACACAACCUACUUCCAAUCCUGUUGCAUCGAAACCACCCCUUUUCAGUACCUUGCUUUAUUCUCUUGUGCCUAUAAUGGGAAUUGCAGUGAUUAUACUGGUUUCAUUUUGGAUGUACCGACACCACAAAUUAGCAUAUCCUCCAGUACUUGUACCAACCCAGCACGCCUUUCAUAUAAUGAUAGAGGAUCCUGGACCACCACCUCCAUCGCCACUGAUGGGCCUGAAGCCACUGCAAUUACUAGAGAUCAAAGCUAGGGGAAGAUUUGGCUGUGUCUGGAAAGCUCAGUUGUUAAAUGAAUAUGUAGCUGUGAAAAUAUUCCCAAUGCAGGACAAACAGUCAUGGCAAAAUGAAUAUGAAAUAUACAGCUUGCCUGGAAUGAAGCAUGAAAACAUACUACAGUUUAUUGGUGCUGAGAAACGAGGCACCAACAUUGAUGUUGAUUUGUGGCUAAUAACAGCGUUUCAUGAAAAGGGUUCGCUUACUGACUUCUUGAAGGCUAAUGUAGUCUCAUGGAAUGAGCUAUGUCACAUUGCGGAAAGUAUGGCUAGAGGUUUGGCGUACCUUCAUGAGGACAUCCCUGGUUUAAAAGAUGGACACAAACCAGCUAUAUCCCAUAGGGACAUCAAAAGCAAGAAUGUGUUGUUGAAAAAUAAUCUUACAGCUUGUAUUGCUGACUUCGGCCUUGCUUUAAAAUUUGAGGCUGGGAAGUCGGCAGGUGACACACAUGGUCAGGUUGGAACCCGAAGAUAUAUGGCUCCAGAAGUGCUAGAAGGUGCCAUAAACUUCCAGCGGGAUGCAUUUUUGAGAAUAGACAUGUAUGCCAUGGGACUAGUCCUGUGGGAACUAGCAUCGCGAUGUACUGCAUCAGACGGACCUGUGGAUGAGUACAUGUUGCCUUUUGAGGAAGAGGUGGGCCAGCAUCCCUCCCUUGAAGAUAUGCAGGAGGUUGUAGUGCAUAAAAAGAAGAGGCCUGUUUUGCGAGAGUGUUGGCAGAAGCAUGCUGGAAUGGCAAUGCUGUGUGAAACAAUAGAAGAGUGUUGGGAUCAUGACGCAGAAGCUCGAUUAUCAGCAGGCUGUGUAGAGGAAAGGAUUAUUCAGAUGCAAAGACUAACAAACAUUAUAACAACAGAGGACAUUGUGACUGUGGUCACCAUGGUGACAAAUGUAGACUUUCCUCCCAAAGAAUCCAGUCUAUGAUAGCUACAAUGGUCACACAUCUUUACCCAUCAGACUCUGAACUGGAGCUGCUAAGCUAAUGGGCCUGUUUCUGCUCAACAGUUUUCUCUGCGUGAAAUUAUGGAAUGGUAAGUUUGUCUUUGGAGUGUGAGUAGGAAGACGCCUCCUUGCCCUACUCCAGACAUGAAUCCAGGAGACUUACUGCAUUCCUUGCAUAUGCCAGAAGGACGUGGGACUGAGAAUACAGCAAGGUGAUGUUUCAGGAACUUAUUUGAAGAACAUGGACCUAUCCUGGCUAGUGAAAUAUUUUAAAAGCUGACAUUGUAUUUCUUAAUAUGUCAGAGACACUAAUUCCUUAAAAUGAACUACUGCUAUUUUUUUUAAAUCAAACAUUUCAUUUCAGAUUUAAGAAAAAAGGGUAACUUGUUUUUAUUGCAUUUGCUGUUGUGUUUAUAUAAAUGACUAUUGUAAUGCCAAUAUGACACAGCUUGUGAAUGUUUAGUGUGCUGCUGUUCUAUGUAAUCAACGUGGGAUCUAGCAAAAAAGGCUUCCAAGCAUUACUUAACCUCCCUCAACAAGGUAUACCUCAGUUCCACCUAUGCUAAAUUGACAACACUAACAAAACUGAAAUGAUUGAUCUGAAUUUUGUAAAAUAUGUAUUACAGAUUCACAGUGGGUUUUUUUUAAAUAAAAAGAUGGUAAGCUGUGCUUCAUGCCAACAGACAAUGGCCAUUCCUAAAACAGUGGUAUUAGCCUUUCUGUGUUCUAGCUUGUGCAUACAAAAGUAUUGUUUGAAAUGGCAAAAUUCCCUGGUUUUUAGUUUAAAGCUUUAUUUUACCUCCACUUCCCAAAAUAUUGCAUACAUUUAUUUUACUAAAUAUUAUUUAGGUUUGCUGUGUGACAAUAUUUUAAAGAUUUAAGCAUGACUUAAAAAAAUAAUUUUUUAUGUGAGCUAUGGCACUGGAAAGCUCUUAAUUUUAAUUCUUUUUAAGGAAGAUUUUUUUCCCCCAAUCUAUGUAUGUUAAUGUUCUGCCUAGUGUAUUUUCUGUUUCACUAAACAGGAUACAACACCUUCUGUAUCACUGUUUCAGGAUCACCUCAGGAAGCUUCAUUACCCAGAACUCCUCACUCUUCAUGUGUUGCCUUUUGCAGCUUCACAACACUUGAUUUUUGGUGCCGACUUGUCAGAGUAAUAUUUUUCUGUGAUGCAUAGGUUUGCCCUGUGGUCACUAAAUUAAAAAUAAGUCACACAUUCGCUCUCAAUAUAUGCUUGCCAUCAAAUGCAAUUAUUUCUGUAGAGAUUACAAUGUAGCAGUCUAGAAAAAACAACCCUACAACUUUAAAUUUACACUACUGUAUUCAAGAAUUAUAGGCAUUUAAGAAGUUAAGCCUUACCAUAAAAAAA